CUUCCAAAUAAAUCCCUUUCAUUUUCUCUCAUUGCUAAAACUACUCAUUAUUCAAAUCCCUAAAUUAAAACCAUGCAAGAAGAACCCAGAGAAGUUGUUACAAGCUUCAAUUACUUACUCCCAAAUAAUAAUAUUAAUAACACAAACCCAUCUCCAUACCCUCUUAACUACACUACAAUUCAAAACAAUAACAACUACACUCCCACGACAAGAUUUUGCAACCAAAUAUACGCGAAUUUCCCAAAUUACCCUCACCACCAGCAAAUGUUCUCCUCCGACUUCAGUCCUCAGUCGUCCUACUCAUACAUAAGCAUGAGUAGUAAUUCGACUUCGGACGAAGCGGAGGAGCAGCAACUGAGCCUCAUCAACGAGAGGAAGCACCGGAGGAUGAUAUCGAACCGCGAGUCGGCUCGAAGAUCGAGGAUGAGAAAGCAAAGGCACCUUGAUGAGCUGUGGUCACAAGUGGUUUGGCUGAGGAACGAGAACCACCAGCUGAUGGAGAAGCUCAACCAUGUCUCGGAGUGCCAUGAACAAGUUCUUCAAGAGAAUGCUCAGCUCAAAGAAGAAGCUUCCGAGCUUCGACAGAUGCUUAGUGACAUGAAGAUUCAUAGCCCUAAUCAUCUUCCUCCUCCUCCAUUAUUGGAAGAAGAUGUUCCUAAUUCUUGCGCCUCAAACCAAUCUCUUUCAAGUUCUAUGGACCUUGUUGCUUGAUUUCAUUCACUACCUUCCAAUUUGUGACUUCUAUAAUAUCAUAGUCACAUUGCGAUUGUUAAUUACUCCUUCGCUCUCAUAAUCCUAGUUUAUAAUUAAUUUAUU